CAGUUAUUGAAAUGUCGUGGUGUUGUGACGUCAUCACCAAGCGACCAUAAGAAAAGUAGAUGAAGCUUCAUGCUGCCAGCUCGUCGAACAAACCUGCAGUUUUACAGGUUUAACAAUAUGGAUUUGCUGUGUGGUCCAUUGGGCUUGGGUGCAGUAGCAGGGCUGGGCUGUGGGCUCUUCCUUGGUUGGCACCUUCGGGCUCGCUUCGGCGCAACAUCCAAAAGCCUGGUGGCAGCGAUGGGCAACGGCACUGGUGAGGCAAGCGUGAUGGGAGAAGGAGGCGAGUUUAAGAUGAUACUAGUGGUCCGAAAUGACCUGAAGAUGGGCAAAGGAAAAGUCGCCGCCCAGUGCUCCCAUGCUGCUGUGUCAGCUUACAAACAGGUUCAGCGCAGGAACCCCGAGCUUCUCAAACAGUGGGAGUACUGCGGCCAACCCAAGGUGGUGGUGAAGGCCCCGGAUGAGGACACCCUGAUUGAUCUGCUGGGUCAUGCCAAAGAAGUGGGGCUUCCUAUCAGCCUGAUUCAGGACGCAGGAAGGACACAAAUCGCACCCGGAUCACGUACGGUGCUGGGUAUCGGUCCAGGCCCAGCUGAUCUGAUCGACAGAGUCACUGGAGACUUGAAGCUGUAUUAAAGUUCCUGCUUGCAUCUGUAGGACAAAUUCUUUGUUGUUAAAACUACUUGCAAUGUAAACUAAGUAGGGCUACCAUGAGUUUAUAUUUUUAUAUGACUGACUCAAGUAACAUGUUAAUUGAAAUCAUUUUGUGCAGUUUGGGGUUUUUGUUUCUUAUGCUUAUCACAUUUGAAAUCAGAUGACUCUUGAAUAGCAGUAACAGCUUGACGGGUAUUACUUGACUGUGAUGGUGCUGUGGCAGUGGCAAAAACACCACCAACACUGUAGAUCAUUGGUUGUGUAAUCUACACAAACCACUCUACUAUGGCCUGUGUCUGAAGACAUGAUGCUCAGAUGAAAAUAAUUGUUGUAGAUCUCCUUAAAAUCAGUAAAAUAACAGGGAGGCCAGCAUGCAGAAUAGCCGUGCCUUUGAUUUUGCUGAUAUAAAUGGAAUGCAGUUGUUCAUGUUAAGGACCCUGUGCUUUUCCUGCUGUUACAUGUCAAACGUAUGUGUGCUGUGAAAAUGGUCCCAAAAUGAUAAAUAUCGAUUUCAAAAGGGUCCUUGCACAUUUUGUGUUUGGACCCUAAUAAACUUAAUAAAAAUCAA